AGUAUACCUUUGGCGAAAAAAGUACUAGUUCAAUUCCAUGCUAUAAAUUUGCAGUUGAUAUGCGCCCUUUUAAUCAGUCUAUCUCGCAACAUAUUUAUUUUCUCCAGUGCUCUUAGCUUCAUCGUCGUAUAGGCUAUUUGGCUGUAUUGAAAUCAAGACAAAGGAAAACAUGGCAGCAACCCAGCAAGUCUCGGCAAUGCUUAGCAACGAAGAAAAGGCUAUUUUCGAGAAGGUGAUUGCGGGUGCUAAGGAUAAAUCAGGCAUGGAAGUUAAGGGACAAGUUGUUACUAACGGCAACUUGGUUAAUACUAUUAAGGACAAAGCAGUGUUGCAAAUAAUUGAUCAGCAUAAUUGGUCUGGGAAACCAGUGCCUCUCUACCCUGAGGUUCUUCCAUUUGGUGAAGUUGUCCAAUUCGAGCACCGUGGACCCCUUCCAGAAGGCUGUAAGGGUGGAGUAGUUUAUGCUGAUGGUACCGACUCCACUGCUCGGAAAUGGCUUGUGGCUUUUCACAUUCCAAACAACGAAUACCAUCAUUCAGGGGACAAGGUUUAUGUUGAGGCUGGUCCAAUAGGACCAAUUGACUGGAACAUAGUCGAAGUUAAACUUGAUGCAUCGGAAUAUGCAAGUAGCUAUGUGGACCCAGUUUUUGGAGGCAAGGCAUGGGCUGUGAUCCACCCUGGUAGCAUUCUUGUUGCGGGGUUUACUAAUUAAGUAAUUAGCAUGCUAGUCCUUAUAUAAUCAGCAUGCUACUCGUAAUGGAGUUUAAUUUGCUGCUAAUUAUAUUGGAUGAGCAUCUAAUUAAGAAGGUCAUGCUGCAAGCAGGCAUUUUAUAAUGUAAUACCCAAUAAUACGUCCUCUUGCAUGUUACGGAGUAUGUACGCAUAUAUAUGCUAUAACGUUAAAUAAUACUCCCUUCAUUUCUUUUUGA